CGUUUCUCCGCAUGGCUGGAUAAGUAGCUUCGCCAAAUACCAAUCAUAGCAAAGUUCCAAACCAACCUUACGAACCACAUCAGCACUACGCCUUCUUGGUCAAAGCGCCUUGGCGGGGAUUAAUUUUUUCGCCUAUUUCUGACGAAUAGGAUGACUGACGUCCAAUGCUCGCAUACGCUGAUUGCCGUAUAAAGGAAGGAUUGACGAUCUGUCAGCGCUAAUUGACUCGGCAUUGGGACGCUCCACUCCUGGGACUUGUGUGGUUGUAUCCGCUGUCAAGACUCAAGUACGCAUCAUGAAUACAAUUGUAUUAUCUGGAAGUCUUCUGCUUCAGGUCCUGCAGAACGAACCUGUUGACGUGGUGGCAAGAUAGAUAAGGAGUUAUUGAAUAAUACGCACGCGAUUAGAGCUAUCCAAGCCGAUCGGAAAAGUCUACGGAAAGUCCUCUUAGCGAUGGCAUGCAUAAAACCAAGGGUUCCAUUUCAAGUAGUGGGUGGGCUCCAUUGAACUGGACCUUUCCACUGUUGCUUCUGCUUGAGACAGAAUUCUACUCCUGUGCCUGUUCGAUGACCCGUAGUUUGGGUCAUAUUGGUAUAAAGUUCCGGACAAAAGCUUCGUACCGCUCACUCAAUACUCGCCGAAAGCUUACAGUCGGCGCUGACCCUGUGCAGGGAUACACGUCAGGAGGUAUUUUCAUUGCCGAGCUCAAGUAGAACUUCAGGCACGAAACUGUAUCUCGGUCAUGGGUAUAAUGUUGAUUCUUCCGUUUAGCCGUUAGGAGAAGAUAGGACCGUUUGCUUGACAUCACAAACGUCCAAUUCCCACCGCUCUAUCCCUUCUUCAUUCAGCGAGGUUGUUACCUUGAUGUCGCAUUCGUCAGGUUGUGCCGAACGCAUCAGACGAGGUUUCGCAUACGAAUCCCCACACAGGAACCAUACAUGCCAUAAUCAUAUCGGCCAUAUGCCCCAUCUAGGAAACAGCUGUUAGCGUGCCAUACUUUAAUCAAACGUACCGAAGGCCAUCCCCAACAUAGUUAUGGAAAACUCAGCUGGUCUCUAGCCUGGCUGAGCCUCACAUAAUCGACAGAAGUCUCUAUCCAGACCGUUCAUUUCCCUACCACAAGAGCUUCUACAGCUGUUUCCUCGGCGCCUUCCUCCCCUUUCUCAGCAACGAGUUCUCCCCAUUACCACGCCCACCUCUAAACACUCCAUCCCCAU